CAGCGUCUGAGACACUUGGAGGAGGCCGCCCCCGAUGCAAGGACAACAGCAACAGCAAGGACCGCCCACGCGGCAGCACGCGCCGCCUCCGAGCGAGGUGCCUGUGAACGCGCAGCUCCUGCGCGAUAUGAUGGACUGCGUCGACGUCUCAUCCUUCUCCAUGGAGCGCAAGGAGUCGUGGGCCAAACUGCGGACGCUCGUGUCUGGCGAUGACGCCGCCGCCGCCGAGAUGCGCGCCGAGCAGCUCCUCCACGCCCAGUACCCGUACGACAGCGCGAGCCAAGAGCGCAAGUUCAACGUCAAGGAGAGCGCGACCAAGCUUAAGCGCCUCUUGAGCUCGCAGAAUUUCUCGAUGAACGAGAAGAAGGCCAGCGUCUCGGCGCUCGUGGGCCUCCUCGAAACGCAGGCGCCCGGUGGCAUUAGCCGCACGGAAGCCACCGAACUCCUCCGCAGCCUCGGCGACGAGAUCCCCGCGGAAGAGCUCAAGCGGCUCUCGAGUUCUAACAUGUUCAAGUCGUUCAUCAUGCACGCGGACGGCAUGACGCGCAAGAAGAGCUUUGACGUGCUGCAGGGCAUCCUCAACGCGACCUCCAACUCGGCGCUGCAGCGUCCGAUGACGUCCCAAGACAGUUUCCGCUUCCAGACGCUCGCCAACUGCCUCGAGUCGAUCGAGAGCGACGUCGCCAAGUACGCCGCCGAAGAGGUCGCCGAAGACGACGACAACGAGUACGUCGUGUCGGUCGACAACCUGGACAACCUCCUCGACGACAAGAUUGUCCAACCGACAACAUACCCGCCGCGCGAGAAGCCGGCGCCGGCCAAUGCCCGCCCGCCGCAGCAACACCCGCAACACCCAUCGCAAGCCACCCCCGCGCCGGCGCCGACGCAGCUGCCCGCCGCCAAUGCAGCGCCGUCGGCCUCUGCGCAAGCCAACAACGGCAUGCACCCGUCAUACCCCGGCCAGGGCAGUGACGAACGGAGCUUGCAGCAGCACGCGGCCACGAUGAGCGCGAUGAGCCAGCAGCAGCCAGUGCGCGGCCUCGCCAACACCGCGGCGCGCCAGCCCAUCAACACACAGUACCCGGGCUUGAACAUGCAGCAACAGACGUCGCACAUGACGCACCCGACGAUGCACAUGUACCACGACACGUACCGACAGCAACAGCAACAGCAGCAGCAACAACAGCAACUCCACGCGUCGCACUUGUCGCAACACCCGUCCAUGCAGCAGUACUCGAUGGCGCCGCAGGCCGGCGCGUACUACACGAACGGUCCCCACAUGUACCAGCAGCAGCAACAAGCGGCCAUGUACCAGCAGAGCAACUAUGCGAUGCAAGCUGCCGCGCACCAGCACCAGCAGCAGCAGCAACAACACCAUUUGCACCACUACGGCCACCUCCCGUCGGCGUAUGCCAGUGCGGCGGCGCCGUCGCCGGCCCAUUACGAGCAAAAAUACACGGCGCACUACGACGCCGGCAAGUACGAGCCCAAGUACGAGCCCAAGUACGCACCGGACGCGGCGGCGAUGGCGGCACCUGGCAACUCGGCGGCGUACGCCAAGUUUUGCAUGUCGCCGGGCUGCAACAACAUUGCGCGGACCAAAGGCAUGUGCAAGGUGCACGGCGGCGGUCGUCGCUGCAAGGUUGAGGGCUGCAUGAAGAGCGCGCAGACGGGCCACCUAUGUAUCGCCCACGGUGGUGGCAAGCCGUGCCGCAUGGAAGGCUGCCCCAAGACGGCGCAGUCGCGAGGCCUCUGCAAGCAGCACGGCGGUGGCGUCCGGUGCAAAUUUGAAGGCUGCACCAAGAGCUGCCAGUCGGGCGGCUUUUGCCGUGGCCACGGCGGCGGCAAGCGCUGCGAGUUUCCCCAGUGCAAGAAGUGGGCCCAGCGCAACGGGUUCUGCGCCAAGCACGCGCAGGAGCUCGCGUCCAACCCGGCAUAGAAGGAGACGGAGAUGAUAAGGAAGGUUAGUUCGUGUAUAUAACACAGGUUAGUAGUUAUACAAGUGGAAACACUCGUGUUCAGCACAA